GUAUCAUGACGUGUCCCCCUUGAGCCAUACCUAACGUCUCCCCUGCAAUUUCCAUUACAUUAUUAUUCCCACUCUGAUAUUUUCUCUUCCCUAUAGGCAUAGCUAGCUGUGAGCAAUUGUGGUUUCACAGAACGUGAUCUUAUCAACUAUGGCGGAGAAACACAACAUCAAGAACCCAGCCGUGAAGCGGAUUCUCCAGGAGGUCAAGGAGAUGCAAUCAAACCCUUCCGAUGACUACAUGAGCCUCCCUCUUGAGGAAAAUAUAUUUGAAUGGCAAUUUGCGAUCAGGGGGCCUCGUGAUACUGAAUUUGAAGGUGGUAUUUAUCACGGACGGAUUCAGCUGCCUUCAGAAUAUCCCUUCAAACCUCCUUCGUUUAUGUUGCUCACACCUAGUGGCCGUUUUGAGACCCAAACCAAGAUUUGCUUGAGCAUAUCAAAUCAUCACCCUGAGCAUUGGCAACCAUCAUGGAGCGUAAGGACUGCUUUAGUUGCAUUGAUUGCAUUCAUGCCCACCAACCCAAAUGGCGCGUUGGGCUCAUUAAACUACAAGAAAGAAGACAGGUGUGCCUUGGCCACUAAAUCCCGGGAAGCACCUCCAAAAUUUGGAACUCCUGAACGUCAAAGACUGAUUGAUGAGAUACACGAGUAUAUGCUAAGCAAGUCAUCCCCUCUUCCACAACUUGCCCCCUCACAAGCUUCUGAAGAACAAUCCAAAACUGAGGAGGCCAAGGCCCAGGUUAAUUUGGAAAAUCCCGAGGCUUUACCCGUGGGAGCGGAGAUUCCAGAUCAAGCAGGCGACAGAAUUGUUGAAGAACAAGAACUGCCUGUCAAUGCUAAUCCUAACCCUGCAGGAGUUGAAGCUUCAAUGGAGAGUUCAUCCAGUGUCUCAAGUAACCAGUUGCUCCAAAAGUCAGAUGCAAGGGUUCAAAAUCUGAAACCAGAUACAAGGGUUCAAAAACCUGACGAUCGAUUGUUCACACUUGCUGCUAUUGGACUUGCUAUAGCAAUUGUGGUUCUUUUGCUGAAGAAGUUCAUUAAAUCUACAGAAUAUGGUGCUGUUUUCAUGGAUGAAUCUUAGAUGAAUCUUUGUUCAUGUUGGCUUCAAUAUCAAGAUUCUUAGCCCAUGGUAUAGUCGAUAGGAAAAUUUAGCACUUCUGUGAUAUUUUAUGAUCUUUGAAUUGUACGUUAUGUCUUGUAAUUAUGGCAAUACUAAUAUCGAUAUACUACAGCUUUGAGUUAGUGAGCAAGGGUCUACUUUUUUGAGAAGGGUCUACUAUGUGGUACAGUUAUAAUGCCUUAUUGUUUGCUUAUGACUCCUGAUUUAUGUAUACUAAUCGAAAGUACUCAUUAAUGACAAAAAGGUCGGAUAAACAACUUCGUGGCUUA